AUGAGUCUGAGACCGGAAAGACCGGUAUGGAUGAGCCAAGAACAAUAUGACCGACAAUAUGGAACUCCGGUUGAAGAAACUGUGAAAAAAGCCAGUGUGAAAGGGCCAGAAGAUGGUUUAGUUCAAGCAAAUCCAGUUUUAGAAGAGUCCACCGCCGGUGAAGUUGCAGAAGAGGGGACGGGCUUACAAGAACCGGAAAAGCCUGCCUACCGUUUGCAAAAGCGUAAACGGCAGCGUUAUGAUGUUGACGAAAAGCGCAAGAAAAGUCAACUCAACAGAAUGAGAGAAGAACAAGUUAAAAGACACGAAAUCGAUAUGACGGCAAACAAAGUUGUCAACGUUGAUCAGAUCAUUCGUGAGCAUUAUAAUGAAAGAACUUUUGUGGCAAGACGAAAACGCAGAAAUUUGUCUCCAAUCAUCAAGCUGAGGAACUUCAACAAUGCCAUCAAAUAUAUGCUGAUCGAUAAAUUCACUUUCCCCGGAAAUGUGGUCCUGGAAUUGGGAUGUGGGAAAGGCGGAGAUCUGAGGAAAUAUGGCGCUGCUGGGAUUUCCCAGUUUAUUGGGGUCGAUAUCUCCAAUGCAUCCAUUGUAGAAGCUCAGAAACGUUUCUCGUCAAUGGGCAACCUAGACUUUCAAGUGAUUCUGACAACAGGGGACUGCUUUGGUGAGUCUCUAGGAACAGCAGUCGCACCAUUUCCAGAAUGUAGGUUUCCCUGUGAUGUCGUUUCGGCACAAUUUUGUCUGCAUUAUGCAUUUGAGUCGGAGGAAAAGGCAAGGCGUACGCUCUUGAACGUAACAAAAUCUCUCAAAAUCGGUGGGUACUUUUUCGGAACCAUCCCGGAUUCAGAGUUCAUCCGCUUCAAACUGAACAAGAUCGGCAAAGAUGUAGAGAAGCCAUCCUGGGGCAAUCCUAUCUACAAGGUGACUUUUGAAAACAACGAUUACCAGAAAAAUGGGAACGAGUUCUCUCCUCCAUUUGGGCAAAUGUACACCUACUGGCUUGAGGAUGCCAUUGACAACGUCCCCGAGUAUGUGAUUCCUUUCGAGUCGCUGAGAAGUUUAGCUGACGAAUAUGGCCUCGAACUUGAGCUACAGAUGCCCUUCAAUGCUUUCUUUGUUCAAGAAAUUCCUAAGUGGCUGAAUAAGUUUUCACCACGCAUGCUCGAAGGACUGCAACGCAGUGACGGAAAAUUAGGCGUCGAGGGUGACGAAAAAGAGGCCGCGUCAUACUUCUACACUGUGUUUGCUUUCAGAAAGGUCAAAUAA